AGGCUUUUGUUGGGUUUUCAUGAUAUUGUACUUAUGUUUAUAAACAAAGUCCUGUUCAGAAACCACUUCGUUGCCAUAAAAUAGUUUUUUAAUGGAAAAAAUAUAAGCAAUUGAGUGAUUAAGCUUGUGGUAGUCGUGGAUUACGUGGGCGUUUGGGGGUAAUAAAUAAAAUGCCUUUUUUUACGAAUAAAUUUUCACCGAAGAAAACGCCGAUUAGGAAAGCGUCGGUAUCGUUGGCGAAUAAGGACUUGAGUCCGAAAAGAAUUGAGAGGGAACUUGGACCGGAUAUCGGGGCUAUUAGGAUUCGGUUGGGGGAACAGGAGGCGACUUUUGAUGGGGGCAAUUGGAUUCCGGAAACUGGAAAGGUAGGAGGCACCUUCAAAGAGAAUGAAAAACUGAAAAAAGAAGUUCGACGACUGGAAGAAGAAAAUAAUUUAUUGAAGAUAAAGUUCGAUCUGCUAUUAGACAUGAUCACAGAGACAACAGUUGAGGCAGAGCUACACAAAACCGAACUCCAAAGUCUUAAAGCAAAACUGUCAAGAUCUCGCAAAUGACAUCAACAAUUAUCCUAAAACCUCCAAAGUCAACCAGAUGCCAGCUGAUAUCCCCAAUUAUCCCCAACCCACAAUUAACAUAAUCAUCUCUACAAAUUAAAGACAACAGUCGAGGGAGAGCCCCGCAGACCUCGAGAUCCUCAAUCCCACUGUCGAAAUCUCGUAAAUAAUUAUCACAAUUCUCACUGAUUAAGGCACUGAAUUCAUAAAAAUGUGUCAUAAAAUUA